GAUAUCUACAUUAUGAGCCAUUCAUUGGAUGGAUUCAUGCCCUUGCCCAAGCUGCGGACCAUUACUAUUUGUGUGUCCCACAGAUAUGUAAACACGCCGCUUACCGCUCUGAAGGGUAUAGACAAAUACGGCGGUACUAAAGGCAAUAGAGACAACAUACGCGGUUUGAUGCUAGACGGAGUUUGGUGCACAUAUUCCGAUCCUCGCGGUGUGGUUAGAUCUUUUAGAAACCUUGUGCGGCUGAAUCUCGACCGCUGGAGCUGCUUAAAUGAGAAACGCCUCUGGAAAAUUGUAGCCAAAAGCCCAUCGCUGGAGAUCCUGGAUAUAACAAGGAUGAAUCUUGGAAUGGACUUUUUUUCAUCAAACCGACGUCUUAAGUGGAACGUCAUGCACUAUCGCCGUGCUCCUUUGACAGUCUUCUACGCUUAUACUGACCAAGAGCUGAUACGUCGUUACUUCACGCAUCCUCGACUGCAACUUAUACCGGAUCACAAAAACCAAAAAAACGUUCUUGGAUUCAUUAUAAAAUUGGAAAUAACUCCUUUGGAUGAAACUUAAAAAACUUAACUCAAACA